AUGGUUGUCCAUGAUGAGCAUCCUCACAACCGGGCAAACAAUGUAGUAUCUAAGGGAGGUGGAAUCCAGAGAGGGAGUCGUGGUGGUAGAGGGCUGUUUCGUGGAGGACGAGGAAGUCAGGCUGUGGCUAAUAAUGCUAAUGUAGAGAUAAUUCCAUCCUCUGCUACGACUUCUAGGAAAGUACGACCUAAUACUAGAAUUGGAUUAUCAAGGAAAGCAGCGGCAGAGGUUGAGCAUACUGUAGUUGUUGGUAAUGGGAAGGAGAGGGUAGAAUCUUGGGUUGUUUCUUCUGAAGAUCAGGUGGGGUUGAGUGUCUUGAAUCAUGUGCAUCCAAAUCCACCAGGUUUUCGUAACCCAUCUUUCCCUCAUCCGUCUAGCCCGAAUAUUGUCCCUGGUCAGAAGACAGUCAAUGGGAGUGAGGAUGAUGUCACGUUGAUUGUGGCUGAGACAUUUUUGAAUGAGUUGAAUAAGGCGAAUUCUGCUAGUUUGGUUGCUCCAUUGGAGCACCAACAGCCAUCAUCUACUUUUCGCAACGCUUUUCAGGAAUACAAGAGGCUAUAUCAUCCUAACAUCUUUUGUUUAGUGGAACCUCGUAUUUCUGGAGAAGCGGCUGAUGAAGUUUGUGGUUUGUUGGGGUAUGAGAAUUGGAUCCGUGUUGAGGCAGUCGGAUUUAGUGGUGGUAUUUGGUUGCUUUGGUCAGAAGAUAGCUUUCGAAUUGAAUUAGUUGUUACCGAUCCUCAAUUCAUUACGGUAGCAAUUAAUUUUUCUACUGGAGAGAAAUGGUUGUUUAGUGUAGUUUAUGCAAGCUCUGAUAUUUAUUUAAGGAGGAAGAUUUGGCAAUCUCUUUCUGGAGAAAAUAGUCUAUCCAUUUCUAAAUGGAUUGUCGCGGGUGAUUUUAAUUCUAUAGUGGACUCAUCUGAACAAAGUGGAUAUUCUUCUUCUAAUCCUCCAGGAGCUCAGGAUUUUUCAGACUGGAUUUUCAAGCACUCUCUUAUUGAUUUGGGGUUUGUUGGGAGUGGUUUUACAUGGCAGAGAAGUGGCGAAAAUGUCCCCUAUCAAGCUGCUCGGUUAGAUCGAUGUUUUGUAUCUACUGAUUGGAGACUAGAUUAUGUUGAUGCUAUUGUUGAACAUCCACCUAAAUUGCAUUCAGAUCAUGUUCCAAUUCUUGGAGAGUGGAAUAGGACUCAGUUCGGUAAUAUCUUUGAUAACAAGAGAAGGCUUUUACGCAGGUUAGGUGGUGUUCAGAGAGAUCUUGCUGAAAGCCGGUCAAGGAGCCUUGUAAAACUUGAAUUUAAAUUGAAACGCAGAUUGGAAGAGAUUCUACGCCAAGAGGAGAUGUAUUGGUUUCAGAAAUCAAAAGAGGAAUGGAUAGCGAACGGCGAACGGAAUACUCAUUUCUAUCAUCUAGCAGCUACUAUCAAACGGAAAAAAUUUUGUAUUUCUGCUUUAAAGAAUGAUUUGAGGGAGGUUGUUACUGAUCCGUCGGUUCUUAAAGAACUUGAUAGACUAUUUUCUCCAGAGGAGGUUAAGCUAGCAUUGGACCAGAUUGCGAGUGGUAAAGCGGCUGGUGACGAUGGUUUUAAUGUUGAAUUUUAUAAGAAGGCUUGGCCAAUAGUUGGGACUCAGGUGAUUGAUUUUGUUCUUUUUUGUUUACAAGGCAAUGAGCUCCCAAGCAUGAUUAAUGAGACGGUUUUGGUCUUGGUGAACAGGUUACAACAAGUCCUUACUUCUUUAAUUGGACCAGAGCAGAAUAGUUUUGUUCCGCGUCGGCAAAUCACGGAUAAUGUAGUCAUUUACCAAGAGGCUCUUCACACUAUGGGGAAAAUGAACGGUGGCAAUGGAUUUAUGGCUUUGAAAAUUGAUUUAGAAAAAGCCUAUGAUAGGCUGGAAUGGAGCUUUAUUGAUUGGAGUUUAGAGAAAGCUAAUUUUUCCAGUUUAUGGAGAACGAAUGUGAGACAUUGUGUUCAUUCUGCUUCUAUAUCAAUUCUUUGGAACAAUGAGAAGUUGGAGUCUUUUUUGCCCACUCGUGGGAUUCGGCAAGGCGACCCUUUAUCAUCCUAUCUUUUUGUGCUUUGUGUGGAGCAACUUUCCAAUAUUAUUAAGCAUUCGGUGGAACAAGGGGCGUGGCAUCCACUUCCUAUUUCCAACAAUGGUCCGUUGGUUUCACAUCUCAUGUUCGCCGACGAUAUGGUAUUGUUUGCUGAAGCUACGGAAGAACAGCUGGAUGUUAUUAUUAAUUGUUUAACUGUAUUUUGUAAUGCUUCUGGACAAAAGGUGAAUUUUUUAAAGUCAAGCCUUUUUGUUUCUCCGAAUGUGAGUACAUCUACAGCCUCUCGUUUAUCCUCUAAAUCAGGAAUUCCUUUGGUCUCUGACCUUGGACGUUAUUUGGGGGUACCAUCUCUUCAUGGUAGAGUAUCUCAGGUACAAUUUCGUGGAUUGGUUGAUGAUAUACGAAGCCGGCUUGCUGGUUGGAAGGCGGGUGCACUUUCUAGAGCAGGGAGAAUAACGCUGGUCCAAUCAGUCUUGAACUCCAUUCCUAUUUAUACUAUGCAAUCUAUUAAAUUGCCGGUGUCUAUUUGUAAGGAAAUGGAGCGGCUUUGCCGUAAUUUUAUUUGGCAUGGUAAUAGUGGGGAUUCUGCUGUUCAUCUGAUUAAUUGGCAAACUUUGCAAUAUCCAAAAAUUUCUUGGAAUCUUCGAGUACCUCCUGGUGCCUAUAUGAAUUGGAAGGCUUUAUGCUGGGGCCUCCAAUUUGUUUCUAGCGGUGUUUCUAUUGACGUUCGUAGUGGUACUGAUGUUAAGUUUUGGCAAGAUGAUUGGCUUUCGGUUGGACCUCUUUUUCGAUUGGUUUCUGCUCCUAUUGAUCCUUUGGAAUUAGAAGUGGUUGUGAGAUAUUAUUGGAUCCCUGGAUAUGGAUGGGAUUGGAAUCAGUUGUCUUUAUGGCUACCUGAUUUCUGGAGAAAUGUGGUUUACCAGUUGCCUUACCAUUAUGGAAGCUUAUUUGGAAAGCAACUGGCACGCAGAGGAUGCGGGUUUUUCUGUGGGAAGUUACCCAUAAGAAAAUUAUGGUCAAUGUUCAGCGGUUUCGGAGAUGAUGGAUUAAUUCAGACUUGUUUUGGUGGGCAUGGAAAUUUCGCAAUGAACGGUCCUUCAAUCUUGGGGUCUAAAGAUCAGUUCCUCGCUCACUAA